AUGGCUGUGGCAAGGAAAAUCAAAACUUUGCUGACGGUUAACAUUCUGGUGUUCGUCGGGAUCAUCUUGUUUUCGGUCUACUGCAGGAUUCAAGACCGUUCCGAAGAGCUUGUUCAGAUGGGGAGGAUCUCUGAUCAAAGGUUGCGAAGCAGAAAUGGUAAAGUUACGAACUUAAUAGACAGGCAGUCCGUCCUUCAGAGGCUGGAACGCCUGGAGGAUGUUGUCUACAAUCAGUUAAACGGUCUGGCCAAACCCAUGGGUCUGGUGGAGGGCCCAGGUGGUCUUGGGCAGGCCGGAGCGGCAGCGACGCUGGCUGAGGACAGCAGGGAGAGUGAGGGACGGUAUGAGGAGUAUGGCUAUAAUGCCCAGCUCAGUGACCGAAUCUCACUGGACCGCACCAUCCCUGACUACAGACCCAAAAAAUGCAAACAGAUGACCUACCCUGAUGACCUGCCCCAGAUCUCAGUGGUGUUUAUCUUCGUAAACGAAGCCUUGUCUGUCAUCCUGCGCUCCGUGCACAGCGUGGUCAACCACACACCUGCCCACCUUCUCAAAGAGAUCAUUCUCGUCGAUGACAACAGUGACAGCGUGGAGCUGAAGUUUAAUCUCGAUCAGUACGUGAAGAAGCGAUAUCCCGGCCUGGUGAAGAUAGUACGCAACAGUAAACGGGAGGGUCUAAUUCGAGCGCGAAUCCACGGCUGGAACGCCGCCACUGCCCCCGUGGUCGGGUUCUUCGACGCUCAUGUUGAGUUUAACACAGCCUGGGCGGAGCCCAUCCUGGCGCGAGUGAAGGAGGAUCACACUCGAAUUAUCCUGCCCGCCAUCGACAACAUCAAAUACAACACGUUCGAGGUGCAGCAGUAUGCCAACGCUGCCCACGGCUACAACUGGGGUCUCUGGUGCAUGUACAUCAUCCCGCCGCAGGAUUGGCUGGACAAAGGCGAUGAGACUGCACCAAUCAGGACCCCCGCGAUGAUUGGCUGCUCCUUUGUGGUCGACAGAGAGUACUUUGGGGAAAUCGGACUUCUCGAUCCGGGCAUGGAAGUGUACGGAGGAGAAAAUAUCGAACUGGGAAUGAGGGUGUGGCAGUGUGGGGGGAGCAUGGAGGUCCUGCCCUGUGCCAGAGUGGCACAUAUAGAGCGCACCAAGAAACCGUACAACAACGACAUCGACUACUACGCCAAGAGGAAUGCCCUGAGAGCGGCUGAGGUCUGGAUGGACGAGUUUAAGUCCCACGUCUACAUGGCCUGGAACAUACCCAUGAACAACCCUGGAGUGGAUUUUGGUGAUGUUUCGGAACGUGUGGCCUUGAGGAAGAAGUUGAACUGCAGAAGCUUUCACUGGUACUUGGAGCGCGUGUAUCCAGAGAUGCGUGUCUACAAUAACACAAUCACCUAUGGCGAGGUGAGAAACAGUAAGGCGAGUGGAUAUUGCCUGGAUCAGGGGUCAGAGGAGGAUGACAGGGCAAUCCUGUACCCAUGUCACGGCAUGUCCUCUCAGCUGGCCAGGUAUACAACAGAGGGCUUACUGCAGCUAGGACCCCUAGGGUCAACCACGUUUCUGCCCGACACAAAAUGCCUGGUGGAUGACGGCAGGGGAAAGACCCCCAGCCUGAAGAAGUGUGACACCGUGACUCGCACAUCACAGAGACUCUGGGACUUCACUCAGAAUGGUCCUAUCAUAAGCAGAGACACUGGGCGAUGUCUGGAGGUGGAGAUGUCCAAAGACGUGAACUUUGGUCUGCGGCUGGUUGUACAGAGGUGCACGGGCCAGAAAUGGAUGAUCCGGAACUGGAUAAAGCACCCCAGACACUGA